AUGACUACAAACCCAGCUGCUUAUAUUAAAGCUAUGUUUAACAGGCUGCUUAGAUACCAAGGGCUGGCAAUAAGAAAACUUUAUUUGGCUAAAAUACGGGUUUUCUCAAAGCUGAAAGCCAUUGAAUUACUUUAUGGCAAAAUGAUUGCUGAUAUGGCUAUAUAUUACAAAAGAUGCAUUGUUACUAAUUGCUAUAAUACAGAGCGUUCUUUAUUUAUUAUAAUUGGCUAUCAGUGUUUUCAUAAAUCUACGUCCCAAUAUCAAACGUGUUAUUCUAUUGUAUCUAUCGUGCGAUUUUCGUAUUCUUCAACAGGAUAA